AUGAGCGAACGUGGGCAAGACAGGCGUUCCCCCGACAAAACCGAAGCAUGGAUACUUGGUAGCGGAACUGCAUCGUUGGCGUCUGCGCUCUACUUGGUGCAUUUUGCUAAUGUACCCGCAUCAAAAGUGCAUGUACUGGAUUCCCAUCUUUCAAUGGGACAGGUUUUGCAUAACAACGGGGAUCCCAUUCAUGGCUAUGAUCAGUUUGCAGGAUGUCUACCGGUCCCGGUCGGAAAGCCACUAAAAGAACUCCUUUCCCUGGUGCCCUCGUUAAAUCGCCUGGGCUGCACCGUGCUAGAUGAUAUUAAAUUGGCAGAGAAGGGGCGGAUCAGGAAACAAGAAGGUCGGACACGGUUUCUUGUUCAAAAAAACAACGCCUUGAGUGACAUCAAUACAAAUUCGUUGAACUUGAACGCAAAACACCGUCUGGAGUUGAUCCUUUUGAUGAUGAAGGGAGAGAAACGUCUGGGGAGGAAUCAGAUCCGAGACUUUUUACCGAACUCCUUUUUCCAGAGCACCUUCUGGACGAUUUGGUCUGCCCAAUUUGGAUUCCAGCCAUGGCACAGUGCAAUUGAAUUCCGACGUGCUAUUCGUCAACAUCUGCGUGGCUUCCACAGUCUCAGCAUAUUGAACUGCCUGGAUAUCACGGGCUAUUACCAAAAAGAAUCAAUUUUCCUGCCUAUAUUCCUGCAUCUCCAGAGCUUAGGCGUGGAUUUCCACUUUGAUACAACGAUCACGGAUAUCGGGUCGACUAUUCAAAAUGGCCAGGAAACAAUCUCGCAGCUCCGUAUGAUCCAGAAUGGAUUUAGAAUGCAGCAAAAAAUCACUCAGGAUGAUAUUGUUCUCAUAGCACCUGGCUCUACAGUCUCAGGCAUGACGAGAGGCACGAACGAUCACCCUCCAGGUCGCCAUUCACUCGAGCCUCAUGAUGAGCUUGAUGAGAACUGGGCGAUCUGGCUGGAGAUUGGAACCCGGAAUGAUAUGCUGGGUAAUCCAUACAACUUCUGCACGCGCGAGUCAGAAUCCCUACUGGAAUCCUUCACAAUCACCACGUCAGAUCCUGGUCUUAUUGAAUAUGUUGACUUACACACUCACAACGAUACCGAAGCCGGCUCCAUGAUUGCCUUCCAAGAGAGCCCGUGGAAAAUCAGCUGCUGCAUUCCAACGCAGCCCGUCUUCGUCCACCAGCCGGCGAAUAUUCGGGUUUUCUGGGGCUUCGCUCUCUAUGCGAGACGUUUGGGGGAAUAUGUCCGGAAGCCGAUGUAUGGUUGUUCAGGCGCGGAGAUCACGAAAGAACUGUUGGGGCAUCUACACUUUGCUUCUCAACCUUCGAAAACCACGACUAUUCCUCGUGUCAUGCCGCGGAUGACUGCUAUGUUGUUGAUACGUUCACUUAAUGAUCGGCCGCAGGUAAUACCUCAGAAAAUGACCAAUCUUGCUUUGAUUGGGGAAUUUGUGGAGAUCCCGCAUUAUAGCUGUGUCGAUACUAGCUACGGUGUUCGCACCGCUCAGGUGGCUGUAUCGCGAAUGAUGGGUCUUGAUCUUCAUUUUGAACCGAGGGAAUCGUCAAUGUUGGGUCUACUUAGGAUUCUGUUGUGGAAGUGA